CUUUUAUUCAGGAACAUUUCUUGUGUUUAGAAGAGGUAACCGCUAAUGCCCGUCAGUUGUUUUCCUCCCCUGAUCCAACUCUCUUGCCCAAGACCCCUCUGGGCAAAAAGAAAUCUCGACUGAAGAAACCUCAUCACUCAUCAAUUGCAGAAGAUGAAGUAUUUUCAUCAUCCAAGAGGUUGUCCACUUGUAACACAGGAAGCAACAUCAAUAAUCAAAGCCCUCUUGAAACACCCCCAAGGAGGGGCAGAGCUGCAUCUCGGCUCGCUCACGAGAAAAUGAAAAGGGUACCUAUGACAACAAAAAAGACAAGAGGAACAUGUCAGGUUAUUUUCAAGGGAGACUCCUUUGAAAGCAGCUCCAGUUAUAAAGAAGAAGUAAAAGGAGCAGACUCUGGUCAUGGGGAAAAUUGUGAGUCUCAUUUUGAAGAGAUGGAAUAUGAAUCAACUGUUGAUCCUUGUAAAUCAGCUGUUAAUCCUUUAGCACUAGACACACCAAGUAAGAAGAAUGAUGGUGUAAAAUGUCUAAGUGUUAAAGUCAGUCUUGAAAGAUUAUCUCAUUUACACACAUCUCAAGAAGUAGAUAGUUCAAAAGAUACAACACAAGUUACUGUUACAAAUGCAUAUCAGGAGGAAGGUGUAGGUUGUAUUAGUGAAACAACUUGUUCAUACUCUAACCUCAGGUUAGAAGACAGCGACGAUAACAAAAGCACCAGAAUAAAGGAACUGGAUGUUCAGAGAUCAGGGAAUGAGAUGUGUAAAGGCAAAGAAAAAGAAGAGCCUUUAUCUCCCAAUAAUUGUACUGAAAAUGCAUGUACAAAAUGUGAGAAUUAUGACGAGUGUAAUUCUCAAUCCAGAACCCCUGAAGAAGUUAGGAUUUUGCCAGAGCAAACAGAAAAACUUGUUACAACCAAUACCAAGUGGUCGAACCACUCGAACAAAACAAAAGGAAUUGCAGUUAUCAACACGAGGAGAUAUAACAGAUAAUAUGGUAAGCACAGCAGAUCAGCCUCAUCCCAUUCCCAAACCAAGAUUAACUCGUACAAAGCAAAAGGAGGUCUUACCAUUGCUCAAUACAAUUGAUGAAUCAGAAGGUCAGUUGUUACCACCCAUGGACUUUCCAAAACCAAGAAUGACUCGCACAAAGACUAAGGCAAAAGAACAGACUAACAAAUUUGAAAAUGUGGAAUAUGAUUCACAGUCUUCAGUAGAGGAGGGGUAUAAUACCCAUGAGAAAGCUGUUGCACAGCCAUCUGAGGAAAUCCCAAUGUCUCGUUCUACUCGUACAAAGAAAACGGUGAUAGAGGUAAUUUCCUUAACUGACACUCCAGUCAAGAAUGACAUUAAUAAAUCAGUAGACAAUGAAUCACAAAAACCAAGGACAACAAGAACAAAGAAACGAAUGUUUGACGAGUUAGGUGUAGAUCAGCCUACUAGAUCUACAA